GAAUGCAUGUGACCAUAUCAAGAGGCGGGGUUUGAAUGUGACAAUUUACCUAAUACAAUGUAACCAUCUCAAGUGUCCAAGACAACUGACUGUAAAACCGCAGACCAACUUGUUUACCAGCACUCGUUUCAACUGCUCACCACAAAUGCAACAGAAACGGAUAUCAAAUGGGAGAAAACAGAUUGUCAACAAAACGGAACCGCUGAGGGGACAGGGCCAGAGAACAGUCAUAUGAGGCUAAUGCAGGAAGUAACUGCAGCCCUCAGGAAUCACAGAAUACUGUUCCACCUCUUCUCUCCUUCUCCGGGAGCAUGCCAUCUGAACCUUGUGUCAGUGGGAAAGAGCUGGUAACAGACCAGAGGCUAUGCCAGUCCAAGUCUCACCAGGACUCCGUCCUCUCCGCCCUCAACCAGCAGAGGAAGGAUGGCCUACUCUGUGAUGUCACCUUGGUCGCCGGCGACCAGAAGUUCCACGCCCAUAAAGCAGUGCUGGCGGCGUGCAGCGAUUACUUCCGGGCCAUGUUCAGUCUGUGCAUGGUGGAGAGUGAGGCAGAUGAGGUGAUUCUUCAGGGAGUGACCAGUGUGGGACUGAAACAUGCACUAGACUUCGCCUACACAGGACAGAUAAUGCUGGAACCAGGGGUGAUUCAGGAUGUUCUGUCGGCAGGAAGUCACCUUCAGCUGCUGGAGCUGCUCAGUCUUUGCUCACACUACCUCGUCCAGGAGCUGAACAGUGUUAACUACCUGGACCUGUACCGUGUAGCUGAUCUGUUCCACCUCCCUGCUCUGGAGGAGGCUGUGGUCAGCUUCCUGGUAGAACACCUGUGUGAGCUGCAGCAGAGCCGCCAGGAGGAGGUGCUGCUGCUCCCCUACCGCCUCCUCAGGGAGGUGCUGAGGAGCGACCGGCUCACCUCCCUCAACGAGGAGGAGAUCUGGCAGCUGGUGGUGUGCUGGUUAGAGCAUGACUGUCGGUACCAGUACACAGAGGACCUGAUACAGCACGUUCGUUAUGGCCUUAUGGAUGUGGCCGCCCUGCACCACGUGGCACAGUGCCACCCGCUGGUCCAGUCCAGUGCCACCGCCGCCGCCCUAGUGGACGAGGCUCUAGAGUACCACCGUGCCACAUACGCCCAACCCCUCCGCCAGACCGCCCACACCAAGCCCCGCUUCCAGUCUCUCACCCUCUACAUCGCCGGCGGGCGCAAGCGCGAGGUGAGCCGCGUACGGGAGCUGCGCUACUUCAACCCGGCCGCCCAGGAGAACGUGCGCGUGGCCGGGUGCUCCAACUGGAGCGAGCUGGCACCCAUGCCCGCCGGGCGCAGCCACCACUGCGUGGCCGUCAUGGGUCACUUCCUGUUCGUGGCGGGCGGCGAGGUGGAGCAUUCCACGGGGAGGACGUGUGCGGUGAGGACCGCCUGUCGGUACGACCCCCGGGGGAACCGCUGGACGGAGAUAGCCUCCAUGAAGGCGUGCAGGGAACACUUUGUCCUGGGGGCUCUGGGCCAGUACCUGUACGCGGUGGGGGGGAGGAAUGAGCUGAGACAGGUGCUGCCCACCGUGGAACGCUACUGUCCAAAGAGGAACAAGUGGACCUUCGUCCAGUCCUUUGACCGCUCACUGUCCUGCCACGCCGGCUGUGUGGCUGACGACUUGCUCUGGGUCUCAGGUGGAGUCACAAACACAGCUCAGUACCAGAAUAGACUGAUGGUGUACGACCCAGAACAGAACCAGUGGCUGGCCCGCAGUCCCAUGCUACAGAGGCGAGUGUACCAUGUCAUGGCCGUGGUGAGAAGGCAGCUGUAUGUGCUGGGAGGAAAUGACCUGGACUACAACAACGACCGCAUCCUGGUCCGCCACAUCGACUCCUAUGACAUAGACAUGGACCAGUGGACCCGCUGCACCUUCAGCCUACUCACGGGUCAGAAUGAAUCUGGAGUGGCAGUCCAUGAUGACCGAAUCUAUGUUGUCGGUGGAUAUUCUAUUUGGACCAAUGAGCCCCUAGCGUGUAUUCAGGUGUUGGACGUGAGCACGGAGGGGAAGGAGGAAGUGUUCUAUGGACCAACUCUACCGUUCGCCUCCAAUGGAAUAGCAACGUGUUUCCUGCCUGCCCCAUACUUCACCUGCCCCAACCUACAGACUCUACAAGUGCCCCAUCACAGGAUAGUCUAACACACUAAUAGAGACUACAGUAAAUGUCUACAUAGAUACAUCAUGCAAACAGC